AUGAGUGUUUGUAACAAAAAUUACUUAUAGGAAACCUUCCCUCAAUAUGUUCAUGAUUAACUAAAUAAGGUAGCUGAAGAAAACGGAAACAUGGAUAAGUAGAUUUGAUAUCUUAAUAGAGAUCAUAGAGAAUUUUCAAAAUUAUUGACAUUUUGAGUGAACUUAAGAUUUUAUCCUUUGGUUUAGCCUCUAAGUUAAAAACAUAGGAAGGAUUUAUGCUAUUUCCAGAAAUAAUUUCUGAAAAGUACAUUAUUGAAUUUAAAGAAAUCAAAUCGUGCAAUUUGAGAAAAAAUGAAUCCUCUUAUUUUUAAGCUUGGGCAUUUGCUAAUUUAGACCUAGUACAUAGUCUAUAUUUAAUUAGAUCGAUAUAUAUAAGUUACAAACAUUUUUGCGCAUUUUAUGCAUUUUAGCAUAUUUUGAGUGCAAAAAAUAUUUUGAAGUUUUACAAAUUGAUUACAAAUCAAAAUAUGAAACAGAUCUUUUUAAAGUGUUUUUAUUGUUAUAAACUCAAAAAUAAGAAUAUUAAAUUGGGUCAGAUAGCUUCUUUCUUGAAUUAAUUGAAAAAUGUGAAUGUAAAAACAAUUAGUUCAUUUCAUAUAUGAUUAAAUUCUGUAAAGAGAAGAAUAUGUUAAAAUGUAUAGGAUAUUUGGAUUCAAUAAAAUCAACAAAUAAAGUUUCUUCAGAAAAAAGAAAGGGAUUUCAAAAAUUUAAAGAACAAGAAUAAAUGAAAAAAGAAUCACUUUAAGAGUCAUAAUAAAUCUCUUAAUAGAUAAUAAUAUAAAAUUAGAAUCCUACAUAAAUAAUAAAGAGAUAAUCAUCAAUAUUUCCAAGAAAAUCAUUAGAUUAAUAAUGUUAAUUGAUUUAAUUUUAAGAGUCAACAAAAGAUUUGAUAAAAGCAAAUGGAAUGAAUCGACCUUCAUUAACUAUGAGAACAAUAAAGGAUGGAAUUAAUCAUAAAUAUAAGGUAAUUAAGUGUUAUUUAUAUGAGUGAAGCGUGAAAAUGAUAAUAGACAAUAAAGAUAUUUAUAGAAUGAUACAAAUUAGUAAAGAUAAUUUCAUGAAGAGGUUUGUCGAAAAUUAGAGAAAGUAUAAAGAAGAAAGGUUACGUGUUGGAAUUCUGAUUGUUUAGCUCCUGAAACUCCUGAAAUUUAUAGUGAUUGAUUGUUGG